AUGAUAAAUGUCGUCAAAUUUAGGGCUGCCAGUCGACCGGAAUUUUUAGCAGUCACAGGAGAAAUGGGCAGUCUUCCCUGCAACAUUUCCACCCCUUUGGAAGACGAUGCAGCCACACUAAUUCUAUGGUACAGGGAGGACCUGGACAACCCCAUAUACACACUGGACAUCAGGAAAGCUGCCUUGAAGAAUGCUCGACACUUUCCAAGUCCGGAGAUGGAGGGGAAGGCAUACUUCGACACAAGCGUCCAUCCGCCUUUGCUCAAGAUAUACCCCAUUCGAAAAGAAGACGAAGGGGAUUACAAGUGCCGAGUAGAUCUCAGAAGAUCUCGAACGUUCAUUCAUUACAUCCGUCUAAAAAUCAUAGUGCCUCCAAAAGUUGUGAUAACCGAUAUACAAGGUCAACCUUUACAAGAUGUCAUUGGUCCCUAUGACGAAGGAUCUAGCGUAUCUUUAAUUUGUGAAGCUUCUGAAGGCGAUCCUCUUCCAUCAGUCAUGUGGUGGAAAAGCAGCAGUCUUAUAGACGAUACCUACAACAUUACUACAGAAGAUAUCGUACAAAAUGAUGUGAUCCUAUCAGAUUUACAACGAUCAGAUCUUUUAACAGAAAUAUCAUGUCAUGCAUCAAAUACUAAUCUUUCAAAGCCUAGAACUGCAAUGGUGAUAUUAGACCUUAACUUAAGACCAAUCGAAGUGAAAGUGGUGCCCAGGAGACGAGCCCUAUCAGUUGGGUGGAUAGCUCAACUGGUUUGUGAAGCUCGUGGUGCUCGCCCUCAAGCAGUCCUAACUUGGUGGAGGGAAGACAAAGAAGUGCAGGGUACAACAGAAACUGUAAUGGAAGAUGGAAACCUCACACUCAGCACAUACGCAUUUACGCCAAGACCGGAAGAAAACGGGAAAACUGUUACUUGCAAAGCUAGUCAUCCUACACUGAAAAUGGAGCCUAUACAGGACACAGUCACCCUUAUAGUUCAUUUUGCACCUCAACUAAUGUUGGCUUUGGGAGCCAGCAAUCAACACUCUGGCAUCAAGGAAGGCAGUGAUGUGUAUUUUGAAUGCAACAUUAAAGCCAACCCUCCUGUAAUGAAUGUUUCUUGGUUUGUUGGGAGUGACCAGUUGAGUAGCAACGUAUCUAGAGGCAUUAUCGUCGACAAUCAAUCGCUCAUCUUGCAACGAGUAACCAAGGAACAGAGAGGAUUUUAUAGAUGCAGAGCAGCAAACACUGAAGGGGAAGGCGACAGUGAUGUUGUAAAACUAGACAUUCAAUACUCUCCGAUUUGCCAAGCCGAGGUACUUACAUUCAAUGUCAUUCAAGGAGAAUUCGUUAACAUCACUUGCGAUGUCGAUUCGGAUCCCCGGCCUAAUGCUUUCCAGUGGACUCUCAACAACACUAUCCGAGGGACGGUUGAUUUAAAGAAGAGACAUCCCAAAUCCUUCAACAUCCUGCACUACGUCCCGCGUUAUUUGGGGGAUUACGGCACCAUCAUGUGCUGGGGGAAAAAUGAUGCAGGAGUUCAAAGGAUGCCAUGCAUUUUUCAUAUCAUUCCGGAAGGUGAAGUUACAACUGACUUGGGAAUUCUAGCCCCUUCAACUGAUGAAGAAGGAGGCUCCAUGAACGGAAGAGGAUCUGGAUUUGUUUUAUCUCCAGCUGUAGGAGUUUUAGUUGGAGUGGUUGCAGCGUUAUUGAUUAUGAUCUUUGUAAUUGUUAUUAUAAUGAGAGUACAAGGACCUCCACCAGCUCGUAGAACAUAUUUUGAGGAAGAAAAAUUCAAGUAUCCCUCACCGAUUAAGAAAGAACCGAAUGACAGUCUUGUGGAUGGUAACGAAAAAAGUCCAGAUAUCAUACCUCUUCCAUCUGAAAUUGAAGUGUUUGCAACCUCAAUUGCUGUUGAAAUGUGCUCGACAUCUCCUCGAUUACCUAAAGAUGCAGAAGAAGUGUACUACACCGUCGAAAGUCAAACAUGCGUAUAAAUGUUGAAAAAAGGAACGAUAGG